UCAUAUCCCAGAAUCCCUUGCGGCGUCACAUUCUGGACGCCCUCAACAUCCUGUCCUAGCAGACGGAAGAGAAACUGAUGAGUCUUCUGCAGCCUUUAGGUUAAAAACCUGCCGACUGAAACCUUCAUAGUCCUGAUUUUAAACAUUUCAACUCUUUAGGAGAAAGUUUGGAAGACGCAGUGAUGACGUGUCCAACGCAGCUUUCCGCUCCAAUGACCCGCCUCCUCUGACUCCGCCUCAGACCACCUUUCUCUUGACCAGUGGGCGGGGCUAGCCCGGCCAGGGGUUAGGCGGUGGUGACCCAGUAUGGAGAGUCGAUGCAGCAGCAGCGCCGAUUCCCGGCUGACUGGCAGGGGGGUGGGGUCUACAAACACCGCGCCCAUCUGUGCGAGGGUGGAGUCGUACGAAGCCGGGGACAAGAAGUGCAUCUCGGACGUGAGAAGGACCUUCUGCCUCUUCGUCACCUUUGACCUCUUGUUCAUCACCUUGCUCUGGAUCAUAGAGCUCAAUGCGAAUGGUGGCAUUCAGAAGCAGCUGGAUGAAGAAGUCCUGCACUACGACUACCGCGCCUCCUUCUUUGACAUUUUUCUCCUGGCUGUUUUCAGGUUUGCCACUCUCAUCCUGGCCUACGCGGUCUGCAAGCUCCGUCACUGGUGGGCCAUUGCAAUCACCACUGCAGCCAGCUGCGCGUUCCUGAUUGUUAAAGUCAUUUUAUCAAAGCUGCUGUCUAAGGGAACCUUUGGGUAUCUGCUGCCCAUUAUCUCCUUCAUGUUGGCCUGGAUUGAAACGUGGCUGCUCGACUUUAAGGUUUUGCCUCAGGAGGCCGAAGACGAAAACGGAUAUCUGUCCAUCAUGGACGCCACAGAGAGAGCUCCCCUCAUGGGUCCAGGUCCUCUAUCUGACGGACAGUUCUACUCCCCGCCGGAGUCUGUAGCAGACUCUGAUGAGGACCUGGAUGAUAAACACGAUCCAGAAAAGGGGCUCAUCCAGCAGGUGACCUAACAGGACCUCCGCUGCUGAAUGUGAAGGUUUACUCCUGCUCCCGCCGCGCUACUGAGGGGGAAAAAGUCUGCCUUACACAUCCUGCCAUCGUAGUUUUUAUUUCACGUCAAAGCACUUUCUGUUCACUCGGACUCACGAGUGUGCCUGAGUUCGUGACGCCAGCCCUCUGCAUGUACACCCAAACUUAAAGUGCUGCUGAAAGCUGCCGCAGCGUCACGCUCCGUGGUCGUUUGGCCACAUUAAGACGAGCUCUAUUCGUGAAUCACACACAUGAUUGUCUCUGAGACAACGGAGGAUUCAAAUGAAAUCAAUAUAUAACAUUGAGUCCAUUAUCACACCACGAUUCAAGAGUAAUCAGUCUUAUAUUUUAUGUCAUGUUUACUUUGUUCUUGUUCUGAUCACACGCUCUGAUUUGAAGUAAAUGUAUAAAACGAAGCUCUGUGAACUCUGCAUGAAGGAAAGGGUUAUCUUUGGCCAGUAUGGAGCUUGUUGAUCCUGUUUUCUACCAAACAAAAGCUGAAAUAUUUACGUUUUACUGUGUUAAUUACUGCUUUCAACGCCAAAAGUUGCAGUAUGAGGAUUUAAAAAAGUAUGAAGUAUUAUUUUAAAUCUCUCUGAGCCAGAAGUCUGCAGCAUUUGGGAAACAGAACUGCUCCGAGAAGCUGCUGUUGGAGUUUAAGAUUUGAAAAUCCGUGUUCAUAUCUCCAUGCAUGUCCUCCGAGCAGAGCACUUUUGUUUUUAUGCCUUUAAAAACAAGAAUCAUUAAAAUGUGAAACCUUU